GACUGGAAGGCGAACCUGUCGGGCCAAUUCUUCUUACUUGCCUCUGGUUCUAAUUGCAUGGUUCCUGUUCUAAUUUCUUUGUUUCUGGUUCUGUCCGGAUGAGCUGGGCCGCGGAUGACUGGACUGUGGGCCUCUUGACCAUGGUUCUAGGUCCUGAUUCUAAUUUCUUGGUUCUUGGUUCUGGUUGGGUCAGGAUGAGCUGGGCUGCAGACGACUGGACGGCGGGCCUGUCGGGGCGGGUUCUGCAGAAGGUUAAGGAGCUGCAGAGCCAGCAGGAGAGGAUGGGCCGAGAGAGACAACAGAAACAACUGCAGCUGGACAACGCAGAGGCCGCCCUGCACAAACACAAGCAGAAGAGUGAGGAGGUGCAGCGUGAGUUGGUGGCCUUGCAGCGCGAGUUGGCGGGGGUGCGGGAGCAGGCGCAGGGGGAGGUGCGGGCGCGAGAGCGGCUCGCUCAGGACCUGCAGGUGCGCCAGGCACAGGUGUGCAACCUGGAGGGACAGCUAGAGGCCUCACACACACUCACCAACAACCUCAACAAGGAAAUCAAGAGGCUGGAGGCGGAACUGGAGAAGUUGCAGCGAGGGAGCAGCUCUGGGGACUCCAUGUUUUCCACGCCCUGUUGGAACAUGCCCUCGCCAUGGGAACACAACAGUUCCAAAGUGGAGGAGAGGCCCGGCCACCGCGGAGAGGGAGAGGGCAGGCUGGCGCACGUGAGGCAGCAGCUCCAGUUCUCAGACGGCCCCCGAGCAUCGUCACCGUUACCCGGACAACAACUCCGGGCCACACCCCCGCGCCGCUCUGCACGGCACUCGGACGCCUCCACUUCCUCCCCCUCCUCCUCCGUGUUUCCAUGGGAACGAGAUGACACCAAAGCGGCCCCCAGGGGCAGAGCAGCAUCCUCUGCUGCCCCCGCCAUGGAGACCGUUACCAGGGGAGGACACGAGGCCCCAGGGGACUGUGGGAUUGAGGAGGACCUCAGGAAGGAGAGAGAUGCCCAGAAGAGUGUGAUCCAGGAGCUGAGGUCGUGGGUGUCCUCCCUGGAGAAGGAGCUGAAGGGGGAGAAGGAGCGGCAGGCGGAGGGGGAGGCGCGUCUGGGGGAGGUGCGCCGGGAGCUGGCCGCCAGGGAGCAGGGGCUCACCAGGAGCAAGGACGAGCUGGGACGCGCACACACACUCAUCGGACAGGAGAGGGAGAAGGCCCAGGCGUGUGAGCAGCGUGCCAAGCAUCUUCAGGAGGAGCUGAAAUGCCAGAGACAGAAUGCCGAGACGAGCCGCACACACGCCGAGCAGAAGAGGAAGGAGAUGGAGAGGGAACAUCAGAGAGAGCUUGUGGAGCUCCAGAAAGAGCGUCAGGCUCUGGAGAAACAGCACACACAAGAGAGCCAGAAACUCAACCAGGAGCUACAGCAGGCCAGAGCCCUGCACCACACACUACAGGCCCAACACGAGAAGUUGGUUCUCCAGAAGCAGGCGUUGGAGCGUGACCUGGAGGCCGUCAGAGGGGAGCUGAAGGGCAGCCAGGCCGAGCUCAAGGACUCCCAGAAGAAGGAGAGCCAGACACAGGCCAAACUUACGGAGGCGCUGCGGGAUAGCGAGAGCAUGGCGGCGAGCGUGGAGCAGCUGAAGAGGAAGGAGAAGAGUCUGGAUCAGGAGGUGAAGAGGCUCUCCGAUGAGCUCGCAGACACACUGAGACAACUCAAGGAACUACAAGACAACCCUCCCGCUCCGCCAGUACCGCAGUACAGCAGCGACAGCUUCAGUCCUGCUGUCUCGUACGACCGACCCAGCUCUCACCACCAGUCCCACCCCCAACACCAACAAACGCACACCAGCAAGAAAUCCCUGAAAGCCGACACGACAAGACACAGCAGAGAAGAGCAGAACGCCAGCCAGAGGGCCAAGUACCCCUGCGACCGGGAGCCGGGCGAGGGCAUCGACUCGGAGCACAUCAGCAGCUUCAGCUCCGAGCAGCCAAUCAAGAGCAAGAACAGCCGGAAGAAGAAGAGGAAGCAGCAUCAGCAGCAGAGAGAGGGAUUGAGGGAACAGGUGGACGGAGGUGUGGAUGAACGUAAGACUACGGAAGCCCAGGAGGCUCAGUACCAACAUCCUGUCCUGCAAGAUGGGGAUGACGAUGACGAAGAUGAAGAUGAGGAGUAUGAUGAUGCUGGUAUCUGUGGUGAGGAGGACGAGGUCGAUCAGCUUUGUCCAAAGUCACAGCCAGCGUUGGAUUCGUCAUCUCGAGGCAACGAUUUCCAACAUCAGAAUACCGGAAGCAAUCGUACCCCAUCAUCAUCUGCUGGACACAACCACAGCCCGAGCCGUUCCCAUGACUCCCCGUCGUCAAAGACAACUGCAUCAUCAUCAUCAUCAUCAUCAUCGCCCACGGCGACGUCGGAGCUGAAGCGUGAGAACGCGGCAUUGCGCGACGAGCUCCAGGACACCAAGCAGGAGCUGCAGCGUCGCCUUGACGACCUGGAGACGCAGCGGCGGGCCGAGGCGGAGGCGCGCACCAAGCUGAAGCAGCUGAGCCGCAAGCACUCCAUGCAAAGCGAAGCGCUGAGGAGCAAGCAGCAGGAGGCCCAGGAGGAGGCGCAGAGGCUGAAGAAGGAGCUGGAGGAGGAGCGCAGGGAUGCGGCCAAGCUGAAGGAAGCCCUGGAGGAGAAGAAGAAGAAGGAGGAGGAAGAGAGACGGCAAGAUAAGGGGAGGAGAAAGCAGCAGAAGGAGGAGGUGGAGGAGAAGGAGAGGGAGUGCGAGAGGUUGAGGGAGGCGCUGUCGGAGAUGGAGAGCAGGGGAAAGGAGCUGGAGGAGGAGAGCGGGAGGCUCAGGGAGGACCUGGAGACACUCAGGGAGGAACUGACCCUCGAGCGCAAGGAGAGAGGAGGAGAGAAGGAGAACGAGGAGGCCCAGGAGCAGGGGGAGAGCAGACUGGACAGAGAGGAGAGCGGAGUGGUGAAGGAGGAGAGAGGAGUUGGAGAGGAGAGGGAGAACCUGGGCAAAGAGGAGAUGCAGGGACUGGGAAUGGAGAAGGACAACCUAGCCAAGGAGGAGCUGAUAGUCAAGGUGGCAGAGCUGGAGGCUGAACUGCAGGAGCUCAGAAAGGCUCCUCAGCUCCAGCUGAGCUACCACCUGCCUCUCAACACCAGCAGCAAAACCAACAAGACCUUCAACAACGACAGCAGUGACCUUGACCUUGACAUUGACGAGGGCAUCAUCCCGUCUCCUAUGGAUCACGUCUCCUUCUGCCAGGCCGUAAACAUCCACAGCACUAUGGAGCCUGGAGCCUGGAACACUCUGAACACCAAUGAGGUGGAGCGCCUGAGGGGCGAAUGCGACGCCCUCCGCAAGGAGCGUGAUCGUCAGGCGAGCAGCGCCAAGGCCGCACAUGGCCGACUGGAGGUCCUGCAGAAACAGGUGACCACCCAGACGCAGCAGCUGACGCGGGCGUUUGAGAGCCAGAGCAGCCACAUCGAGGGCCUGUUGCUGGAGCUCCAGGAGCGGGACAGCGCCCUCCAGGGACGGGAGGAGGAACUGCAGCGCUGCAGAGAGGAGAUGGAGACGCUCAGGGCUGCCAACGAGGCGCUGGAGGCGGAGAAGAAAGAAGGGAUGACAGAAGAAGGGAGGGAGGGAGAGGUGAAGAAGCUCAAGACGGGGGUAGAGGAUAGGAGAGGAGACGACGACGGAAAAGAGGGGAAUAAGGAGGAAGACGUGAAGCUGAAGGCUGCCAAAGAAGUGGCCCGGGUGGAGAACAGGGGAGAAGACGACAAGGGAAAAGAGGAAGAGGAGGAGGAAGAGUUGGUGGCUGGCAGGUCAGGUGGCCAAGCCAAAAAGUCAUCUACUACACAUUCAGGGGAUGUUACUGAAGACGAUAAUCAGGGCACUGAAGCACACAGUGAUGAUAAAGAGAAUAUUGAAGCACACUAUGACAAAAGGAAAAACACUGAAGCUAAAACAUUAGUUAAGGGAGCUAAUGAGGCCAAAACAUUAGUUUUCAAGGGAGCUAAUGAAUUGUCUGUGGAGGGCAUCUCUGUCACAACUCACCACACUACUACUGACACCACUGCUGAUCAACAGCAGAACGCGAGCGCCAUGAAAGCGGUAGCAGAGAAGCUAGUGGAAAGCCAGAGGGAGGUUGAGCUACUCAGGACCCAGAAUGCUGAGCUUUCCCAGAAGCUGAAAGAAGCAUCAUCAUCACUACUAGAGCAAUCCAACAGACUGACACCCGCAGACGAUAAAGACUCCAGUGCUUGCGGGGAGAUGACGUCUACCACAUUGCCACUGGAGACCCAGGCGGAACUGAACUUACUCAGAGCACAGAAUUCCGAACUCACACAGAAGUUGAAAGAUGCUUCAGCGCUCGUCCAGAAUUCCGCACUCCACAUACCGACACCCACAGACAACAACAACAGUAGUGAGGCGUUGUCCCAAUGCUCAAUUGCCGAGGGGGAGGCCACCUCCAAGUUGUCAAUGGAGGCCCAGAAGGAACUGGACCUACUCAGAACACAGAAUGCCAAACUCGAACAGAAGUUGAAAGAAGCAUCAGAGCUUGCCCAUAAUUCUGCACCCCAAAGACCAACACCCACAGGCGAAGAUGAGUCCAGUGACUCCCCUGACUCCCUUAAAGGCUUAACUGCUGAAGUGGAUGUAACGUCCAAACUGUUACUGGAGGCCCGCACAGAGCUGGAUCUACUCAAGACCCAGAAUGCAGAACUCGUGCUGAAACUGACAGAAGCAGCAUCACAAGAGCUGCAAAGAAUCCCAGAUGAUGGUGAUGGUGGUGAUGAGGUACCAUCCCGAGACUCAAACACUGUGGCGGUAGCAGAGGUAGCAGAUAAACUACUAGAAAGCCAGACACAAGUCGACCUCCUCCGCAUCCAGAAUGCCAAACUCAGUCAAAAGCUGAAGGAAGCGUCGCUACUACAGCAAUCUCACAAUUCCACGCUGCUAGAGGCGUCGCCAGAGGAGCUGCAGAGGGUCAGGAUGGAGAACGAGGAGCUGAGGUCCAGACUGGAGAUGUUGGAGCGGGAAACCAGAGACGACCAUGUCCAGGCUGAGGCCCAGGCUCAGACUCUGGAUCAAGCCCAUGCACAAACAAAUACCGUAGUCUCCACUACCAGCCAAAGGCAUCUGCUACCCUCGGACAACGCUGCAUGUCCCAACUCUAAGGUCAGGGCCAGACCGCAGGGAGACGAAAACUCUGCCCUCUCAGUCAAGUCCCCUUCAGCUCAGCUAAGAGUGUCACAGGACGCUGGUGACGCAGGAGCCAGUUUGCGUUCCAUCACCGAGGACGGAGAUGACAGGCCGCAGGAAGACCAGACCUCUGCCCACUCAAACACCACAUUCCACCAGGAGCAGCAGCAGCAACAGCUGCAGGCCCUGAUUAGUGAGCUCCAUCGCCUGAGUGAGGAGAACCGUCAGCAGGCUGAGGAGCUGGAGCUGUGGAGGGCGGCAUCCCAGGAGCCCCCUGAGGACCUGUUGCCCCAGGAGACGGCAGGGCAGGAGGAGCGUUGCCAUGGGGACGGAAGCAGUAGCAGCAUCAGCAUCAGCAGCCGCAGCAUCGUCAUGGUGAGGGAGGACCACAUCCUGCUGUCCUGCGCUGGAGGAAACAAAAUGGACGCACACCUUCUGGAUACGAGGUCCACGAUGCAGCCCGGCCAGUCAGCCGAGGAGUCAGACGCUGCACACCCCCAGCAGAGCAAUGUUGCACCUCCACACAAACACACCUCCACCUCCGCUCCUGCACCUCCACAACCACACACCUGCACUUCCACCAUUGCUGCUAAAUCAGUAUCGCCACAAAGACGGACCGAUGACUCCGAGACCCCUGCCUCUCCGACUGACAUCGCGGCUGAUAACACAGAAGUAGAGCCCCAUCAGCUGCUGCCGCUCCAUAACAACAACAACAACAAGACCAAAACAGCGGAGGUAGAGAAGGCCGAUAAGGACCACAGGCUUCCAGCAGGCCCUCGGCCUCCGUCUCAGUCUCAGUCUGAGUCUCAAGGCAAUGGAGCCAUCGUCACCGCUGUGGCUGCCACCACGGUUGCUGCCAAAGCUAACAGUGCUGCCGCAGCCAAUCAGGCGAAUCAGAGCGGCAGCUAUGCGGGAGCAUCUGAGGACGCGUCUGUCACUGCAGCGCGCACCAAAGCAGACGGGGUCACUCUGAGGACAGGUGUCACGGCCCGGGUCGCUGCUACUCCCGGUGCCCCCAAUGCCUCAGCGACCAGUUCGGGGAGUCUCUCGGCCACAAGGUUGCAAGUAGCCCACCAAAACACCAUCCAACACGCACACCAAAGAAGGGGUGAGGGUACACCAAAGGACAACCUCGCCUCCAACCUCAACCUCAACGCCCCCCUUAGGGAGGCCUGCAGGGAAUCAUCGACUGAAGGCCAGGUCAAAGGGCAUGACGGUGACCAUGACAACGAGGCACAGGAAGUGAAAAGGGACGUGCGGAACACUUCAACUCAGACAGAAGUGACGAUGGAGAGUCACAAGGAUGUGAUUGGUCACCAGAGAGUGGGUCAGAAUCAGGAAGUGAAGACCAUCUCCACUCAAACUGAAGAAAUGACGACGGCGGAGAGUGGUGAUCGUUUGACCUCUAACGGUCAUCAAAGAGCUGAGAUUAUGGACGCUGGCACACAGACUGAUGCUGAGACGUCACAGACAGAGGAGGAAGAAGAGGAGGAGGAUGAUGAUGAGCUGACGGACUCGCCAUGUCCAUCACCGGACUCAUCCGCAGCAAAGGACACUCUGCUGCUGAACAGCUCCUUCCCCAUCCCCUCUAACCCUGCCCACCUGGCUGACCGAAUCAGGCGCGGCCGGAACCGCAUGUCGGCUGCCUACGACGACACGGAGUACGAACCCUACGGCUUGCCUGAGGUCGUCAUGAAAGGUUUUGCUGAUAUCCCCAGUGGUGCUGCGUGUCCGUAUGUGUUGAGGAGGGGGCUACUGGGCACCCCAGCUGUGCCCCUCCCCACACCAGAGGAGCCCGGCCACACAGACCCAUGACCUCUGCUUAGGUUGUUUGUUAUGGACUCCUGUUGGGACAGAGUUAGACGCCAUAGAUGUCAACCACCACCACCUACUCUUACACCAGCUGCAUCAAGUGAUGCAUCAACACCACUUUGCCUGCUGCAGACUCUUUUAAUAUUCACCUGCACAAAAAGACUUGCAUUCACUUGUAUGGUUAAUUGAUGUAUUUGCUGUCCUGUGGAUUUCUAGCAAUAUUAGCAGACAAACUAUUUUCCAUUAAUAGUUUAUCCGCUAAUAUUGCUAGAAAUCCAUUGAUAGGCCAAAACUAUGGUGGAUGGGGGGGGUCACGAAAAUAUUCUGAAAUCCAAAGCGGGGGGCCCAGGUGAAAAGUUCGGGAACCACUGACCUACACGUUAAGUGGCCUUACUGAAUUUUGCCUGCAGACACGGGUUUAUUUUUCACCCGAGUGUGAUCUUACUCGAUUCUGAUUGGGAGAGCUGACAGGGUCGUGAAGUCUUAAAAGCCUAACAAGUACUGAUGGCCUAUGUCUGGGGCACAUUAACUAACUAAGGGAGAAUGAGUGAAUUGAAUGAUGAUAAUUGUUUUGCUUUAGCUAAGGAGGGAAUCCUGCUUUACAAAAGAAUAAGAGAAAAACUUGAAUUUAUUUUUCAAUAGUCUUAUUAUUUAUAGUUGUUUGGCUGAAAUGCUGUGAGGAUCGCACUGCCGUAGAUGAAUAAAUGAAUAAGUGAGUGUGUGAAAGAGUGUGAGAUGUGCGUGUGUGUGUGUGUAUCUGCGUCUGUGUUCUCUGCCUAUGACUCAACCAACCUGAGCCUCUUUUUCCUCUCCUUGUAUGGUGCUGCUCGCCAUCUCUCUCUCUCUCGCUCUCUCUCUCUCUCUCGCUGGCUAUCCUUCUCUCAUAUCUCCUCUUCUCUCCUCACUUUGUUUUUCUCUGUAUUACUCCAAUAUUCCGACAGAUUUCCACUUUGCCUUGAAGAUAAGAGCAGCACCACGCGCCUUAGCCAACGUAGCGAUAUUUGGUGUGUGCCUCGUCAUACUGCCUCUAUGUACCUAGCAAUAUGUGGUGUGCCUUUGUGCCUCUCCUCGUCUUGCAUAAUAUGUUGAGACUGUGUAUGAGCAGCUCUUUCAUUUCUUUUCUUCGUUUUUCUUUUUGUUGUUACUUUUACCAGAUUAAUAUAUUGCAGAAAUGGUGUUGAUAUGUUAAUCGUGUUGUUUUUUUUGUCAGCGCAUUCCUCCGUUUCAUUGUGUUU